AUGCCCUUUGAAUCGCCUCUCAGUUUUCUCACCGGUGCCUCUGCUUCCUCUCGAUUAUCGUGGUCGCAUUUCAACCUCGAUUUCGCGUCCGGAAUAGCAAUUUUUUUCGGUGGCAAAGCAGCCCUAUCGGCGCUUGCAUUACAACCACUGUAUGGUCGUAUAUGGCACGGAUGGUACAACGCACCUGGAUGCCAUGCAAUUGUGUGGGAGCUGGUUAGAACAUUGUUGCAGGGUUCUGUCUCAUCGUAUUCAGAGAGACUCUCGCUUUCCCUCGGCCUGGAUGGCAAGAAAGGGCCCAAAUACAUAGCAUCGCGAUCAGGAACGGUCAUGCAGCAUACUCGUCAUCUCGCGUAUGUGCUUAAUAACAGCAAGUGGAGGGGAAAUGAGUGCAAGCCAGUGGUCGUGGGUGAGAGAAGAAGCCCGACGCCAAUGCAAUUGAUAAUCGUGGACCUCAAGAAGAAAGUGCUGACGGGAAAUAACACGCUGCCCCCAAGAAGUUCUCUUCACUCCUCAUUGCCCAUAAUCGCUAGCGCCACUAGCAUCGUAGCUUGCGCCAUUUGUGCCAGUGUUGAUGACUGGUUGUCCUUCAAGAUGAUUCUGCUUGGGAUCGUCUCCUCUGGAAUCACUUCUUUUAUCAUGUGCACCGCGAAGAUCACCCUUGAACGGCUCAAACCGGCAGAUGGAGUUCCACCUGGAGACGGCAUGCUACUGUCGGAUAAUCGCAUCGUGAUAUUGAGGGGAAACGAGGAGGACGUAAACGCUGUGACCAAGGGAAAACUGCGACUGAAGCUCAAAGGAGGGGGUUACACCCUCCUUCCCUGUGCGUUCAUAGCGUUGUCGCAAGUUACCCUGCAGCUCGUCUUCAUGCCUUUCGGGUCACUACCAGGACAACUCAUGUUCCUGUUAUCGCUCCUAGUGUCUGGAGGAUGCAACCUAUAUUUAUCAGCAAAGGAAGAUGAUGUGCAGUCAAGUGCCCUCAUCACCCUACUGAAUACUCCAGAGGUGAAAACGUACGAAGCCAGUUCUAGAGCAUCUGCUGCCGUUCUGGCGUGCCUAGCGCUCUGUUGGGAGUCUGGCACGCCACCUAAGCAGAUCCUCAAGGAGAUUGUCCCCAUCGAGCCGAGAGUGUGGAAGGCCUGGUCUGAGUUUCUCGAGGAGAAUAUCAGAAAGAAGAGCACGCACUUCAUGUAUGGGGACAACGAGUCAACGGGCGACCUGGACAAUCGGGAAGGGAAGCUUUUGCUCGACCUCAUUGAUGACGCUCAUGCAGCGUACGACCAGUAUAUCAAGGAUCACAAAUGA